GGCAAAGACAGUGCGGUGCAGUGCGGGCUGCCCUCCCAAAACUCCCUCUCUCUUUUCCUUGCACUCUCCUAUAUUUCCUUCCCAUUUUACCCCUACCUCAUCUUCUUCGGAUCUCCGAUCCCUUACCCUUCCCUUUGUCCUCUUCCAUCUCUCACUCCAUUAAAAACCCCAAAAAAUUCAAAAAUCCAAAAACAAAAAUUUCUAAAUUGCCCUACACAUAUCCCAAAGAGUUAGGUUUGGAGUCUCUUCUUUGGCUUCUGUUCGUGUUCUUGUUUCAAUAAAAAGAGGAGAGGGAAAAAAAAAGAAGAAAACCGUUAAAAAACGCAAAAAAAGGGUUGAGAAAAUUAGGUUUUCUGAGAUGGCUCAGGUUCAAAUUCCGCCGCAGGCUCCUCUUUCGGGUCCGAAUGGCGCCGCGGCGGCAAGCAAUGGUGCCAACCAGUUCGUGUCAACGUCCCUGUACGUUGGAGACCUCGACCCGAACGUCACGGAUUCGCAGCUCUAUGAUCUAUUCAGCCAGCUCGGCCAGGUCGUCUCGGUUCGCGUCUGCAGGGACCUCAGCACUCGCCGCUCCCUCGGCUACGCCUAUGUUAAUUACAGCAACACGCAAGACGCGGCAAGGGCACUGGAAAUGCUGAAUUUCACCCCUCUCAACGGCAAGCCUAUCCGUAUAAUGUAUUCUCACCGAGACCCUAGUAUUCGUAAAAGCGGGGCCGCUAAUAUAUUUAUUAAGAAUUUGGACAAGGCAAUAGAUAACAAAGCGCUUCAUGAUACAUUUUCUGUAUUUGGUAACAUCCUCUCAUGCAAGAUCGCUACAGAUCCAUCUGGUCAGUCAAAGGGCUAUGGGUUUGUUCAAUUUGAGCAAGAGGAGGCAGCCCAAAAUGCCAUAGACAAGCUGAAUGGCAUGCUUCUUAAUGAUAAACAAGUUUAUGUUGGACCUUUCCUUCGUAAGCAGGAACGAGAUAUCGCUGCAACCAAGACAAAAUUUAAUAAUGUCUUUGUCAAAAAUCUCUCUGAAUAUACAACGGAGGAAGAUCUGAAGAAAGUUUUUGGCGAGUAUGGAACACUUACUAGUGUUGUAGUAAUGAGGGAAGGAGAUGGCAAGUCGAAGUGUUUUGGAUUUGUCAACUUUGAGAAUGCGGAUGAUGCUGCUCAAUCAGUUGAAGCUCUUAAUGGAAAGAAAUUCGAUGAUAAGGAGUGGUAUGUUGGAAAAGCACAGAAGAAGUCUGAAAGAGAGAUGGAGUUGAAAGGGCGGUUUGAUCAGAGUAUGAAGGAGGUGGCAGACAAAUUCCAAGGUGUGAACUUGUACUUGAAGAACUUGGAUGACAGCAUUGGUGACGAUAAACUUAGAGAAUUGUUCUCUGAGUUUGGUACAAUUACAUCAUGCAAGGUUAUGCGGGAUCCUAAUGGCGUAAGUAGAGGAUCAGGAUUUGUUGCAUUCUCGACUCCUGAAGAAGCAUCUCGAGCUCUCGCGGAGAUGAAUGGUAAAAUCGUUGUUAGCAAACCUCUCUAUGUUGCACUUGCGCAGCGUAAAGAGGACAGAAGAGCAAGGCUACAGGCACAAUUUUCACAAAUGCGACCAGUUGCAAUGGCACCUUCUGUUGCACAUCGUGUUCCUAUGCAUCCCCCCGGUGCUCCUGGCAUUGGACAACAAAUAUUUUAUGGUCAGGGCCCCCCAACACUCAUUCCUCCGCAGCCUGGGUUUGGCUACCAGCAACAACUCGUCCCUGGGAUGAGGCCUGGAGGGGCCCCAAUGCCAAACUUCUUUGUGCCAUUGGUCCCACAAGGUCAGCAGGCACAGCGCCCUGGGGGAAGACGCGCAGGAGCAGGCCCAGUGCAGCAGACCCAGCAGCCUGUGCCACUGCUUCAGCAGCAGAUGCUUCCAAGGGGACGAGUCUACCACCGCUAUCCACCUGGUGGGCGUAGCAUGCCUGAUGUUCCUCUGCCUGGUGUUGCUGGAAGCAUGCUUCCUGUUCCAUAUGAUAUGAGUGGCAUGCCGUUGCGAGAUGCUGGAAUUUCACAGCCCAUUCCAAUUGGAGCUUUGGCGUCUGCUCUGGCAAAUGCAAAUCCUGAACAGCAGAGGACGAUGCUGGGUGAAAGUCUCUAUCCACUUGUGGAUCAGCUGGAGCAUGACAUGGCAGCUAAGGUGACAGGCAUGCUUCUGGAGAUGGACCAGACUGAGGUGCUGCACCUGUUGGAGUCUCCGGAUGCUUUGAAGGCGAAAGUGGCAGAAGCCAUGGAGGUUUUGAGGAAUGUUGCCCAGCAGCAGCAGCAACAGCAGCAGCAGGCUAGUGCCCCAACUGACCAACUAUCGGCGCUUUCUCUGAAUGACACGCUCGUUUCCUGAGGCAGGUUAGUUCUGUUUUCUUCAUCCAUCUGUGUGGGUUGAGGAGUUUUUAUGCAGUAGACCUGUUUGGAGAAUCAUCAUUGAAUAAACACACAUUUUUAGGAGUGGCAUUGAUUUGAGACAUGGUAGGAGUGCGAGUUAUUUGGUUGACUGGAUUUUUGGUUGAUGUACUGAAUCGGAUUCUUGAGACAUUGAUUUUUAAAUUGUUGCUUUUAGGUCGUGGUUGUGACUACCA